UCGCUGCGCGCGCAAGCGUGCUUCGCACGCGCACCAUCCCCGCUUUGGAGUUUAGAAAUUAACGAAGGGAGGGGGGUGGGGGAGAGAGAGAGCGGCGAGGAUGGACAACAGAAAUGUCGUCGUCUGCGACAAUGGCACCGGGUAUGUGAAAUGUGGAUUUGCUGGAGAGAACUUUCCUACCUCUGUGUUUCCGUGCGUGGUCGGAAGGCCGUUGCUUCGUUACGAAGAAUCGCUCAUCGAACAGGAACUGACGGAUAUUGUCGUGGGAGCAGCUUGUGCAGACCUUCGGCAUCAACUAGAUAUAUCUUAUCCUGUCAACAAUGGAAUUGUGCAGAAUUGGGAGGAUAUGGGCCAUGUGUGGGAUCAUGCCUUUUACAGUGAACUAAAGAUAGAUCCAUCUGAAUGUAAGAUAUUACUUACGGAUCCGCCUCUCAAUCCGUCCAAAAAUCGUGAAAAAAUGAUAGAGACCAUGUUUGAGAAGUAUAAUUUCACUGCUGUCUUCAUUCAAAUCCAAGCUGUUCUUACAUUAUACGCUCAAGGCUUGCUGACUGGUCUUGUUAUCGACUCUGGUGAUGGUGUCACUCAUGUGGUUCCUGUAGUUGAUGGCUACUCAUUUCCCCAUCUAACAAAGCGAAUGAAUGUAGCUGGCAGGCAUAUAACAUCUUACCUUGUUGAUUUGCUCUCUCGUAGGGGGUAUGCCAUGAACAGGUCUGCAGAUUUUGAAACUGUAAGGCAAAUAAAAGAAAAGCUAUGUUACAUUAGCUAUGAUUACAAACGUGAAUACCAGUUAGGACUAGAAACUACUAUUCUUGUCAAGAAUUAUACUCUUCCAGAUGGAAGAGUUAUUAAAGUUGGUACUGAACGAUUCCAGGCUCCCGAGGCUCUUUUUACUCCGGAGCUUAUAGAUGUUGAAGGAGAUGGAAUGGCGGACAUGGCAUUUCGUUGCAUUCAGGAAAUGGAUAUAGACAACAGGAUGAUGCUGUACCAGCAUAUUGUUCUGAGUGGAGGGAGUACCAUGUACCCUGGAUUGCCUAGCCGCUUGGAGAAGGAAAUUCUUGAUCGCUAUCUUGAAGUGGUUUUGAAAGGAAACAAAGAUGGAUUAAAGAAACUACGGUUGCGAAUAGAGGAUCCUCCACGAAGAAAGCAUAUGGUUUACCUAGGAGGUGCUGUCCUUGCUGGAAUCAUGAAGGAUGCACCGGAGUUCUGGAUUAGCAGGCAAGAAUAUCAGGAAGAAGGAACUGCUUGUUUACGAAAAUGUGGCCAAGUGUGAUUAGCACAAGAAAUGCAUAUACUUACAAGUCUUUGGAGGAGUGGUGUCAGGAAUUGUAAUCUCUAUGAUGAUACAGACAAAUGGGAGGCACCACCGCUACCAGAAAAUGAUGCUAUAAUCAUUGUCCAUCCACACAACAAACCUGCAGGCUUUCUGUACUGGAAACCACUAGUUUAUACCUUUUUGUGGGAUACAUGUAAGUCGCAAUGAUGGUCAACCAAUCCUCUGUCGUAACUAUAUUGAUAUAUGUAACAAGUUUUAUAUAUGUUAAGUUUGACAUCAAAGUCUUUACCAGGAAGCCUUACCUGAACAAACAAGUAUUUGUAAGAUCCUGAGAUCCUUGCAGGAUCGUUAUCUUUCUGGUGAAGAACAUCAUCCUGUAUCUACAAUAUGCACAUUUGUCUCCUUAAAUUCCAAAAUUGACUCCCAUCAAGACAAAGCAUCACAUGUUACUGCCAAGAUUUCAAAGUUUAGCUGUAAGAGCAAUGUUACAGUAACUCAGAAAAAUCAUUUAAAUAAGUCACUCAGGUGUUUUGCACCAAUCACUUUGCUUCAUUAGAUGGCAUUUCAAUGGGAAUGAAGAGAAUGCAGCAGCCGAGGCAGUUUCUGAGUGAUGUUAUUGAGUUAGUUUAGAUUUUUUUUAGCUCUAAAUAUGCGUAUCAACUCACUGCAGCAUCUGACUCAGAUUAUCUUUGGGAUGGAAAGGGGUAAUGCCAUUGAGAUCCAUUAUAUGCUGAUCUUUCCAUCUUCAAAAAACAUGUAUCCAAUCUUUCUCAAAAAAAGUUACAUGCAUCCAACGACAACCCAAGAAAAAAAAAUUCUAUACCCAGUCUUUCAGGAAGGAAAAAUGUAUGCCCACUCAAUACUAAAUCAAUACUGAGGUUGACAUCAAUAUUAGGCAUCCAGCAAUCAUUGACCACUUCCACUAAGUUUGCUAUCCGCCGAAACUCUCGAUCUACGAUUGCUACCAAAUUAACGACGGUGAACCAAAAAAAAAAAAA